UGCAGCGUCAUUUCCGGUGCAGAACCCGGGAGUUGAAGCUGAGGCGCCGGAAGGCGGAAGUGCUGGGGAUGAGGUACAUGCCGGGACUUUGAUGGAGCGCGGGAGAGGAAUUUGAUCGCCGCAGCGCUUCUCCCGUUACCAUAGCAACUGUGGGGCAGCCGGGCCGGGGCUCGGAGGCAUGAAGCGAGUGCUCACAUAAGCCGGGAAUCGGCUGGCAGCUGUGUGAGGCAGGACUGCUCAAACCCGCACAAUGAAUAGGAAGAAAGGGGACAAGGGCUUUGAGAGCCCCCGACAUUACAAAUUGACCCACCAGGUAGUCUGCAUCAACAACGUCAACUUCCAGAGAAAGUGCGUGAUAGGCUAUGUGGAACUAACCAUAUGCCCCAUGGUAACCAGCCUGAACAGGAUCAAGCUGAACAGCAAGCAGUGCCGAAUAUACAGAGUGCGGGUGAACGACCUGGAAGCUGCUUUCAUAUACAAUGACCCAACCCUGGAAAUCUGCCACCAUGAGUCCAAACAGAGGAACCUUAAUUAUUUUUCCAAUACAUAUGCAGCUGCAGUAACUGCAGUAGAUCCCGAUGCUGGGAAUGGAGAACUCUGCAUUAAAGUUCCAUCCGAAUUGUGGAAACAAGUAGAUGAGUUAAAGAGCCUAAAGGUAUACAUUGAAUUCUCUUUGGAUCAGCCAAAAGGUGGACUCCAUUUUGUUGUGCCUAAUGUGGAAGGCAGCAUGGCAGAACGAGGGGCUCAUUUGUUUUCCUAUGGAUACCAGAAUUCCUCCAGGUUUUGGUUCCCUUGUGUGGAUUCUUAUUCAGAGCUGUGCACGUGGAAGCUGGAGUUUACCGUGGAUGCAUCCAUGGUGGCUGUUUCCAAUGGAGAUUUAGUAGAAGUAGAGUAUACCCAUGACAUGAGAAAGAAGACCUUUCGUUAUACACUAACCAUUCCAACUGCUGCCCCUAAUAUCUCUCUUGCUGUUGGGCCAUUUGAGGUUCUUGUUGAUCCGUACAUGCAUGAGGUGACCCAUUUUUGUUUACCUCAAUUGUUACCGCUGUUGAAGCACACUACCGCCUACCUCCACGAAGUGUUCGAGUUCUAUGAAGAAAUACUGACCUGCCGGUAUCCGUAUUCCUGCUUUAAAACUGUUUUUGUUGAUGAAGCUUAUAUUGAAGUGGCUUCUUAUGCAUCCAUGAGUAUUUUCAGCACAAACCUUUUGCACAGCUCCAUGAUUAUUGAUCAGACACCAGUGACCAGGAGAUAUUUGGCACACUCUUUAGCCCAGCAGUUUUUUGGCUGCUUUAUUUCAAGGAUGUCCUGGUCUGAUGAAUGGGUUUUGAAAGGGAUAUCUGGCUACAUUUAUGGACUUUGGAUGAAAAAAACAUUCGGUGUAAAUCAGUACCGACACUGGAUUAAAGAUGAACUCGACACGAUUGUUGCGUACGAAUUGAAGACCGGUGGGGUUUUACUGCAUCCAAUAUUCUCAUCGGGGAAAGAGAAGGACAACCCCGCUUCUUAUCUGCACUUCUCCAUCAAGCACCCUCACACUCUGUCGUGGGAAUACUACAAUAUGUUCCAGUGCAAAGCUCAUUUGGUCAUGAGGCUGAUUGAAAACCGUAUCAGUAUGGAGUUCAUGCUUCAGGUUUUCAACAAGCUUUUAAGCCUGGCCAGCACGGCUUCAUCUCAGAAGUUCCAGUCCCACAUGUGGAGUCAGAUGUUGGUUUCCACAUCUGGCUUCUUAAAAUCCAUCUCCAAUGUUUCUGGAAAAGACAUCCAACCUCUAAUAAAACAAUGGGUAGAUCAAAGCGGCGUGGUUAAGUUCUAUGGCAGCUUUGCGUUUAACAGAAAGCGAAAUGUUUUAGAACUGGAGAUAAAACAAGACUACACCUCUCUGGGAACUCAAAAAUAUGUGGGCCCAAUCAAAGUCACUGUUCAGGAGCUUGAUGGGUCUUUCAACCACACACUGCAGAUUGAAGAGAACAGCCUCAAGCAUGACAUUCCUUGUCACUCGAAAAGUAGAAGAAACAAAAAGAAGAAAAUCCCACUGAUGAAUGGAGAAGAAGUUGAUAUGGAUCUUUCUGCAAUGGAUGCUGAUUCCCCAUUGCUGUGGAUAAGGAUAGACCCGGACAUGUCUGUGCUAAGGAAGGUAGAGUUCGAACAAGCCGAUUUCAUGUGGCAGUACCAGCUGCGUUAUGAGAGAGAUGUGGUUGCCCAGGAAGAAGCCAUCCUUGCCCUCGAAACCUUUCCCACUCCUGCCUCGCGCUUAGCACUGACUGACAUCCUGGAGCAAGAACAGUGCUUCUACCGUGUGAGAAUGAUGGCGUGCUUCUGCCUGGCCAAGAUUGCUAACUCAAUGGUCAGUACCUGGACUGGACCUCCAGCUAUGAAAUCCCUCUUUACCCGAAUGUUCUGUUGUAAGAGCUGCCCUAACAUUGUCAAGACGAACAACUUCCUGAACUUCCAAAGUUACUUUCUACAGAAGACUAUGCCAGUCGCCAUGGCCUUGUUGAGAGACGUCCACAAUUUAUGUCCCAAGGAAGUCCUUUCUUUUAUUUUAGACCUUAUUAAGUACAACGACAACAGGAAAAAUAAGUUUUCAGACAACUACUACAGAGCCGAGCUGAUUGAUGCGCUGUCCAACUCUGUGACGCCCGCAGUGAGUGUUAACAACGAAUCCCGGACCUUGGACAAUCUGAACGCCGACGUUCGCCUGAUUCUUGAGGAAAUUACUCGUUUUCUGAAUAUGGAGAAGCUUCUGCCCAGUUACAGGCAUAUUAUAACAGUCAGCUGCCUGAGAGCCAUCCGGAUUCUACAAAAGAACGGCCAUGUUCCCAGCGAUCCGACGCUAUUUAAGUCAUAUGCAGAGAACGGACACUUUGUGGACGUCCGAGUGGCCGCAUUAGAAGCCGUUGUCGAUUAUACAAAAGUUGACAGAAGCUGUGAGGACUUGCAAUGGCUGCUAACCAUGGCACAGAAUGAUCCUGUCCCGUAUAUUCGGCACAAGAUCUUCUACAUGCUCUCAAAGAACCCCCCAUUCACCAAGAACAUGGAGUCCCCUCUGUGCAAUGAAGCUCUAGUCGAUCAGCUUUGGAAGCUUAUGAAUUCAGGUACGUCCCAUGACUGGAGGUUACGGUGCGGGGCUGUCGAUCUGUACCACAUCCUCUUUGGCCUCAGCCGACCUUCAUGCCUGCCGCUGCCAGAGCUCGGAUUAGUCCUUAAUCUGAAGGAGAAGAAGGCUGUGCUGAACCCCACCAUCAUUCCAGAGCCAGCAGCCAGUAACCCAGACCCGGUGCCAAGUGCCGGCAUGCAUGGGCAAGUCACAGCAUUUCCAAACAAUGAGGAAGAUUCCAAGGAAGCCGUGGCCAGUGUUCUGUCCCUAGGGGUGAAACGGAAAGCGGAGGCAUCUUUCGACUCAUCAGUGGAGCCUGGGCAGGUACUGGAGAAGAAUGAGGACAGCAAUAAAGUCAAACUGAAAAUGAGAGAAGAAGAGGAGAUAGAUAUGGACACAGUGCAUGACAGCCAGGCUUUCAUAUAUCACCAUCUGAACAUGCUGGAGAGACCAUCGACACCAGGGAAGGAACAGUCCGGCUUGGACUCACACCUGCCGCUGCCAUCUGUUCCCUUAUCAGCCUUUAUGAAGGAAUCAAGCUCCUCAAAGCACAGCGACCACCAUCACCACCACCAUCACGAUCACAAGAAGAAGAAGAAGAAGCACAAGCAUAAGCACAAGCACAAACACAAGCACGAGAGCAAAGAGAAAGAGCGCGAGCUGCUCCCUUUCUCCAAUAGUCCUGCCAGCGGACGCUCCAUCAAGUCCCCCUCGCUGUCCGACUGAUCCUGCACCAACGACUGGUAUAACUAUAUAUACGCACCCUAACUAUGUAUGCGCCCAGUGUGAUAGAGUGCAGCUUCCUACAGGGUGUAACACACACAGCACCUAGUGGGAGACGCCAGAAUAUAAACCACCCAGAGUCGAUCAUCAUCAUCAGGGUUUGCUGAUUUGUCUCUGAGGGACCAAUUACAUCUGGUUAAGCCAUCGGUUCAACAAACUGCAAACAGUGUUUUUAAUGUUCAUGUAGAGCCCUAACGUAAAUGGGUGUAAUUAUGUACAUUACUGGGAUCUGAUGGCCCCUGACUCUGUUCACUUUACAAGCCCAAUGGGAUAAAUCAGGGGAAAAGGGGGGUCUACGAGAUUUUAUUCUACAUUGUUUUUUUUUAACUAGGCAUUGGCUAUAUACUGGCACACAAUAGGGCAGCUGUUUUAGAUGUGAUUGGAAGCAGCCAUACUACUCCUUAGGCCUGUGUGUUGGGGGGCAAAGGAUCUACUAAGGGGAGCAGUAUGGCGCCCCCAGCUCAUAUCUCUGGCCAUGGACGUAUGCAGGGGUGGAACAUUCUGCCCACAAAAGCUUAUGCAAGAGCAACAGCACAUCAGUCACCAAUGAGUAAUGAGGCGUCUAAUUGGCCAAUCACUGUACAUAAGGCAUCUAAUAGGCCAAUCACUGUACAGCAAAUUCACUGUUUUUAUCCUGAUCCGUGAUGGUCCGUGUCUGGGAGCAGAGAAUUUUUUUAGGUUACAAUUUGCCUUUGACGAAUAAAGGUAUUUCUGAGAAGUAUAUUUUUCACUAUAGUUGCGCAUUGCGAGAAUAUGAACAGUCGUUCCUUUUUGUGCUGAAUUAGCAAAGGCUUUUGGUUUGGCCAACUGACUGGCUGGGCUACAUUGAUGCUCAUUUUAUAUGAAGAGUUCCAGUCUAUUGUAGCCAGUGGGUUGUUACAGUUGUGCAUCUUUGUUGCUAUAGCGCUGCCUCCGAACUUGCACAGGUUGGCCCAAAGAGCAGUAGAGCCCAGCAACAGUAGCAUCUCAGAGCCAAGACACAUCUCCCUCGGAGACACAUCCCCCCCCAACUUACGCUACCCCCUUCUGUAUAAUUGUAAGGCCAAGUUGCAGAUUGACAUUAGCGAGACCUAAGUAAAGGAGGCCAUACACGGCAGAUUUUAGCUGCUCAUUUGGGGCCUUCAGACUGAUUCGGCAGCUUAUCUGCCCGUGUAUGGGAUGUCAGUCGGACAGGAAUGAUUUUUCAAGUCUGAUCAAGAGCCGCAUUGGCUUUUUUAAUGCUGUCUUUGUUCCAACCGCUCCUAUCGCUCUUCAUUGUAAUGAAAUCUUGUGGCGAAACAAGCAGAUCAUACAGUGUAUGGCCACCUUAAGAUGGCGGGUAAACUAUACACAGAACUCAGCUGAAUAUGCCAAGUAGAGUUAUCUAUAGAUUGGUCCCCUCUCUUUGUGUUAAACCCACCCUCAUUGCCCUUCUUGUUCUUCUCAUUACCCUCUCUCCCAUCCUAUCAUGGUACUAUGGUGACUCCAUAUCUUUCCUAUCGUUAUGAGUAGCUCUCGGCUAAGGUGGCCAUAAAUGCUUUAAUAAAAGCUUACAUUUAGUCCCUCCAGUCAGCAGCUUAUUGGCCGGAAUAUGGGGCCCUCCUGAAGGCCCUUUCUAAUAAUCUUCCCGAUAUGAGACAGGUUAGAGACUCCCAUUGGCCCCUUUCUUUCACUACAGGUCUCCCAAGGGCCCCGUUGACCCAUGGCCUAAAUACUCCAAUUAGGCACAGCACAUUGAAGGCAAAUUCAGGUACCCACCUUAUAGUGUAUGCCCAGUCUUACUCUCAGCCCUGGGCCCUAUUUGCAUCAGGAGCCCUUUAGAAAUAACCUUUAUUUUGUAAGAAAUACAAUAAAGAUAACAUUUUUGCACUCUGCUAGACUAUAUUUUUAAUAUAAACAACCUGUGGUCUUGUAGCUGGGAUCAAACUACAACUCUCAGCAUUCAUCAACAGUGGCGCUGGGAGUUAUAGUGCAAACACAGCUGGAGGGUCACUAGGUAAAUAUCACUGGCUUAGGGGGUAUUUUCUGAGUUUGGGGGCCACAGCUGCUGCACCCACAGCCCCUAAUGUUUUUGCCUGUACGUGUGUUUUAUUUUCUGCCUCAGUUCUGGACAAUUAUGCUUUGGGGGGGGGGGGGGCGCAACAGUAUGUGCUUUUUGUUACUUUUUGUAAUAUAACUAUUUGUUUUAUUAAUGACAUUUGUGAAUUAAAACAUUUUAUAUUA